AUGUCAAAGCCGAUCUGCUUCUACGACAUACCCGGCACUUCAAAGGCCGUCGCAUGGUCUCCAAACACAUGGAAGACAAGAUUCUGCCUCAACGCCAAAGGCCUCCCCUACAAGACCAUCUGGGUCGAAUUCCCGGACAUCGAGGCCGUCUGCACCCAGAUCGGCGCCGCGCCCACCGGCAAACAGCCCGACGGCUCCCCCAUGUACACCCUCCCCGUGCUCCACGACCCGAACACGGGCGCGACCGUCUCCGAGUCCCUCGCCAUCGCCCGCUACCUCGAGCGCACGUACCCCGGCCCCGUCGCGCUCAUCCCGCCCGCGCUCGACGGCCUCGUGGGCGACUUCCAGAAGGCGGUCUGGGCCGCGUUCGGGCUGCCGAUGAUGAGGCUCGUCGUCCCCGCGGUGCACGCGACGCUCCGCCCGGGCGCCCGGCCGUACUUCCGCGCGACCCGCGAGGCGCGGUUCGGGCAGCCCCUCGAGGAGCUCGCGCCCGCGGGGAGCGCGCUCCGCGCGGAGUGCUGGGCGAAGACGCGGGAGGCGGCGGGGGUGCUCGCGGGGUGGUGGGACGAGGAGGCGAACACGAAGGGCCUCGUCCCGCGCGCCGCCGAGGAGGCGGGUGCGGGGGAGAGGACGCUGCUGGUCAGCGACGCGCUACCGGUGUCGUACGCGGACGCGAUCAUGGUCAGCUGGCUGUACUGGUUCAGGGAGUGCUUGGGCGAGGAGAGCGGGGAGUGGAAGACGAUGACGGCUUGGCAUGGCGGGAGGUGGGUGAGGCUUAUGGCCGCGAUGGAGAAGUACGCCCAAGUCGACUCGGGAGAGAGCGUUCAACUGUCAAAGUUGUAG